CCGCCGCUGGAUGCACGACCGUUUGCCGUAUAAACGUUUCACGGACAAGUCCAAGAGGAACGUCGCCAUUUCGUCGACGAUGCAAUGCAAUUGGACGCAGUUUGUGGGAACGGGUACACCGUUUCGCGCAGAUCGCCGUUGAUUAUUGUCGGGGAAUGGGUUCGCGAACAUGGCGCAUCUGUGAGUGGUCCCCAUAACCUAAUUCCAAUGCGUAAAUCUGCGACUCUCGUUGUCAGCGGCCUGUUUUUGCUUUACUAUAGGAAGCGUCGCAAACCGUACAACGUUUGCUGAACGUUUUGCCUCAUUUAGGUGUGUUUAUCGAAAUUACCGUUGACCUGGCGCAAGUUGUUUCCGAUAAGGGUGGUGGUGGGGAAACCACUGAAAUUUUUCCAAAUCAACAUGAUCCUUGUUAUUCCAAUGAAAUGAGUAUUUGCAUAGAUAGUGGAACGGUGCUCGCCAAUACGGUGGGCACGUCCUCAUCUCACCAAAUUGAUGAGACAACCACUUCAAUCCAUACCAGUGCUGUAACCAAUGAACAAUCCGAUCAGCAGCCUGUCACGGGCAAAAACGUGACGAAACUGGUGGUACCGACGGGUGCGUCCACAACCACCGCCGGUGCCGUCCUACAGAAAGUCGUAAACCAGCCCCUAAUCACAGUUCUGAACUCAUCUGGUCCAUUGACCGUAGUGAAAAGUUUGUGUGUGACAUCCGGUGUAUCUAGUGCUCCACAAUUUACCCUGGUCAAUUCCGCCCCGCUUUCCGUUGCAAAUGCGGCGGGCAAAGCACCCACCAUCACGCUACUUAACACCCCUGUGCAUGUGGUGAAGACCAUUCCCGCGCAGAACGUCGAGAAAACGGACGCGGUCGUUACAACCACUCCUGUUACGAAUAACGUGUCGCCGCCGACGGUGAUGGACAGCCGGGGCCACAAUGUUUUUGUUAAGAAUACUUGUUCAGAUUCCAAUGUUCCAGACAUGCCCCAGAGCCAUAAAUUGCUUACUGCAAACAACUUUCCUCAAGCUAAUGUAUUAACAAACGUUCAAAAUAAAACUGCAAAUGGCCAACGCAACAAGCUCAAGAUUCUCUCCAAUGUACAGAUGAUGCCUGGCACCUCAUCAGUGAAUAAUGUUUUGGUUAACAAACAGAACAACGCACAACGUUACGUGCCCAGAACGAAAUUAAUAGGUCCCAAUGGUGCCACCACUAAAUACCUAAACAAACCCAACAACGUGCUCAAGACAAACAUAAACCCGCCCCCCAUCAAACACGUCCACGACAAGUCUCCCCAAAGGAUGGUCUAUCCAACACACAAGAGUCAGAUCAAGACCCUUGCACCAAACUACGUGGCAAAGCCACACGGCAUAAAAACGCUGUCGCCCCAACAGAAACCGGUGCCCGGCCAUGUGCAGCGCAACAACUCAGGUCUGCGAACCAUACCGCCGCAACGGCCGCCGAAGAUGGCCAACAAGCCGAACUACAUCGGAAAGCAUGCGGUCCAAGCGCAGAAAAUGCGUGCCGGCCACCACAAGGUGAAGGGCAUGAAGGUGGCGCCGAACGCCGCCUCGUAUGGGGCCUUUCACGGUGCGCCGCCCCCCGAUAAACAGCUCACGUUCAACCAGGCGCUCACCGCCGAAAUUAUCGAGACGCUGAGCAACAAAAGCACCGCCCCCAACUCGUACAAACACUACGAGAUCCUGCCGAAUCGCUACGACAACGCGUACACGUAUCAGGAUCACAAGCAACACGGACAGGAGCCCCAGAAGCCGGUUCCGGAGGACAAAAGCAAGUCGGGUUUGGACGCGCUGUCGCUGAUCUGUCAGGCGGUUUUGUUGGAUCACAAUUACAAUGCGACGCCGCCGCCGGACUCACCGACCAGGACUGCGCCGCCUCCCAUUCCCCAGGCGCAAGUCAACGGGAUGACCGGCAAUUCCAUGUACUCGCCCGGUGCCGGAAAAAGACGCCCACUUCCAUCAUCAAAUACUGUGACAAACUCGUCGACAAUGUCGGGCAUGACGAUGGGACCAAGCAACAGCGGUUCCAUGUUGAACGUGGCGGACGACGACGCCGCGUCCGACAUCUCGGACGUCUCUGUCCGAAAACACGACACGGAAGGCGAAGAAACCGAUACGGCUCCCGAAGCUGAGGCGGUGAAUGAAGAAACGCUGGAACACUACGGUGAUUAUGUCACCCGGUGUAUAUGUGGUUUCUUGCACGACGACGGUUACAUGGUGGAAUGCGACAAGUGCAAGGUGUGGCAACAUGUACAGUGCGUGGUCAAGAACAAGCAAGUGCCUGACGAGUAUCUGUGCGAGGUGUGCGAUCCAUCGAAACCAAUCGACAAGAACAAAGCCCGUAUGGUGCAACAACAGUGGUUACGCGACAGACAAAUGCUGGCCGAAUCGAAGCUGAAAAAGGACGUGACAAAAAAAGAGACGCUCAAACAGCAGCAGCAGCAGCGCGAGGUGCUGACCGACACGGACAGCUCGGACGGCGAGCACGCGCAUAACAACAACGUGGUGACGAAACGACAGUUGCAAAGCCGGCGGAAGAGCGAGAGCAAACCGCCGCCGUCGCGUACGCGUCGCGACUCCACCAAAGACAUGGCGCAGCGUCGCCAAAAGCGACGCGAACGAAAGAUCGUCAAACGCAAAGUGAAACCAACCAAGACGUCGCAAAGCGACGACGAAAAUCAGGACAGUACGCCGUCGGCAGCGGCCACUUCCGUGCCACCCGUUUCCACCUCCCACUUGCCUCAAUUGCGGCAGUGGAUCGAGAAGUACGAGGAGGCCGUGACCAAUCACUACUCCCCCGAACUGCGCGCCAGGAUCUCGAACAUCCGCGUGAACGGCGCCCAUUCGGAGAUGCCGUCGCACUUCGACCCAACCGUCCACAAGUGUCGCGUGCACUCGUCACCCGUCUGCGAAAUGAAAUAUCUAGUGGCUACCGUCAAUUUGCCGCCCAACACUCCGAUCGUCGAGUUGCGAGGCAAAUACAUGUUGUCGACGCAGCACCGCAACUCGGGCGGCUCGCUGACCACGCGACAGCACUCGCAACGGCCCGGGCCCUUCCUCUUUUUCUAUCGUUUGCAAAAGGACAACACGGAGGUGUGCGUGGACACGAGAACCUACGGGAACAGUGCCCGGUUUAUCAGGCGGUCGUGCCGACCGAAUGCGGAGCUGCGGCAUUGCAUCGAGAAGGGUGUUCUGCAUCUUUACGUCGUGUCCAUUGCCGACGUGGAAAGGAACAGCGAACUGACCAUCAAACACGAGUCUCACGAUUUGGCGGUGGUCGGUACUACGCAGAUCCCGUGCGCUUGCGGUUCUCCCGAUGAUUGUACCGUUAAUAAGACGACGGUCAAAAAGAACGGCGAAACGCCGCCGGACUUGACAAGAAAACGACGCGGCCGGAGGACAAUAUCCACGUGCGUGACGAACGAGUCUGAAGACAAGAAAUCCAAGGAGGAAACUCCAACAGUUACGGAACCAGUCGUUGAUCCCAUCAAACCGGAGCCGGAGGACGAGAAGACAGACAUAAAGGAAGACAUCAAAUUAGAAGUUGCAGAUGAGCCUGCACCUAACGUUAAAGAGGAGCACCCAGUGAAAAACGAAGUGGAAGAAGUGAAGGUUAAAAAGGAAGUGAAGGAGGAAGUGGACGUGGAGGAAGAGCCGAAGGCGAAGGAGGAGGAAAUUAAAAGUCCACCGCACACGCCGAUAAUGACGCGACGCUCGUCCCAAUAUAAGUCGGACAAAGACGACAGUCGGGACGGACAGGAUGCGUCAACCCCGACCGCCACGGCCACCAAGCCCGAGAAGGGUAAAAAUAAAAAACUGAGCCGCGAAGAACGCAAGCUCGAAGCCAUUUUGAGAGCCAUCGAACAAAUGGAAAAGGCGGAACAGCGUAAACAAGAGCACGAAGCUAAGGCACAACAUCGCCGCGAAUCCGAACCGGGGCCUAACCCCAAAGAAGAAGAGAAGGUGGAAACCAGGAUGAAACGGCGACGGAGAAAAGGCAGGGCCCGCACCACAAGUACAAACACGCGACGCAACCGUCUAAAUUCAACAGACUCAUACAUGACAUCCGGCGAUGAAACGAUGCUUUCGCCUUCGGACAACGCCCGUCCCUCCCAUCCCAAGGAGCCGAAAUGCACAGAACCCUCAACGAACAACGACAAAGCCGUCGGUUUGCUGUUGGCUCUGUCGAACGGCGAAAACUCGAAGAACAAGUCACCGACACGAGAUGUGGACUCGAACUCCAAUUCGGCCCAUUCGUCACCCGAGACGCAGCUCUCGUCGGCAUGUCUUCUGGUACAGGCGGCCGUCGAACCUUUGGAGCAGGGAUUCAAGUUUCCGAAGACGAAGAAGGGGUUGAUGAACGAGUGGUUGAACAAGGUGCCGGAGCCGGUGCAGUCGGCCAGUUCCAUUUCGCCGUCAUCGCUGACGCCGCACAUGUCCUCGGCGACGGAGUAUGAGAAUGCUGGUUUCUAUACGCCCGGCAAAAAUCUCGCGGCAUUGGCUCAAGCCGCCUCAUUCUGUGAUAACAGUCCGCAGCAUCCGCGUGGCAGCGCCAAGAAACGAUGGCUGCGGCAGGCCAUCAGCGAGGAUCAGUCUUGCGACAGUCCACAAAGUCGACCAGAGUCGCCACCGUUGAGUGAGACGGUUGCCCCGCCCAAGAAACGUCGUUUGCCCAGGGAGUCCCUGUCUAACGAGGCGUCACCGCCAUCGACGCCAACAUCCACGGUACCGCCCGGCAUCAAUUCUUUCUUCCAGAAACUGGACGACGCGAAGCCUUCGGGCGGCCAACAACCACAACAACCUCAGCAACAGCAAGAGGGUUGCGUCGAGAUCGUAUACAGCGGCGCCGAAGGCGAUAGUCCCACGCAAUCGCUCGAAUGCGACGCAGUGCUCAAGGAGCGCGCUGCCCAAAUGAAGCAGGAAUUCCAGAGCAGGUCGGCGGGCGGUUCGCCGCAACAGCGACAGCCCGCGUUCACGGAGGCGGGUGCGGCGAAAUCGAUCGCCACGCCGCUGCAUUUGGACGUGACGCCGACGAUGGGCGGCUGCCGGCUGAUGGAUCCGAGGCUGGCGGCGCGAGAGAACGCCCAUCAUCCGCUGUUCACGAACAGCGAACACCUGGUGGGCACGGUGGAGAAGACGCUUAGCAUGUUGGGUUUUGAGGAGCGCAGGCCCGAGCAGAUCACGCCCGCUAAACGGAAGCUGUCAAUAACGGAAUAUCGACAAAGGAAGAAGCUAAACAACAACGAAAAGAACGAGGAGGCCGAACCAGAACCGGAGCCGACUAGCACGGAAGAGAACAACUCGGUGGAAUCGUUCAGAGCGACCAGACAACGGUCAGGCAGCACCAGCAGCAAUACAUCCAUAACAUCGUCUGACGACGACGUGCCACCUAUCGAACCUCUUCCAGGAAAAGCAUUGUCCGCUUUCAAUUCCGAACCAACAGAAUUGGAGAGACAGAGGGAGAUAUCCAGUCUGAGGCUGAAAAAGGUGUUCGGACUGGCGUUGGUCGACGAGGCCCGAAAACCAGCUUUGGACGUGGAAGCGAUACUAAACUGCGAACUGCCACCGGUCAAAACCGUUAAACCGCCACCUAGUCCAACGUUCCCGAUUCCGGGUAGCUGUGAGGUGACGAGGGAGGCGCCCACGUCGCCCCUCCCCCGUACCAUCUACCCCCUAGAGAUACAUCAACAGCAACCGUCGCCGCCACCUCAUCCGCCCACUCCCACGCCUCCGCCACCACAACAAUCGGAGAACGAGCACGUGGACGCGCCCGUCGACGAAGAUAUGCCGGAGGAACGGAACGCGGUGGAAACUGUUGCGGAAGUUACGGAAACGAUGGUUGUCGAUGAGGUUGUGGCGGACGAAGAGGAGGAGGAUGAAAGACCGACUGCGGAGCACGAUGUUGAACCGAACAUGUUUUACACACCGGACGAAGAGGAAGCGGAGACGGCAGACGUUGGACCGCGGGCAGCUUCGAAGACGGUCGUCGCAGCUGGUACAGUGUACGAUCCGUCCGGGCAGUACGUGCCGGCGUUCAACAAUCCGGUUUACUCGAAUAACAAAUUGCACAUAUCGUCGAUAGAUGAUGACACUCGAUACGAAGGUCGGAAUCCGUCGCCUCCUCCCGAUCUGGAUCCGGGUUGCGACUAGAGAGUGUGACAGCUUUAAUUAAUUUAGGAAAAUAUUAAUUUCGUGCAAUUACUUUUAAACUAUUUUAUAUUAGUAUUACUCUUAAGCACAGUGUACAUAGUUGUUUUAUUUUUGGAGAUUUAUUUUUUAAUGUAUAAACAAUUUAGGGAUGUCUACAAGUUGACUGGUAGUAAGUUAUUUUGUGUGAAAUCUUGAAAAAUUAUAUUAUUCAGUUAAUUUUACAAUUGAGUUGUUAAUUUUCUUUUGCGUUUAACUUGUGUAGAUAUCGACAGAGAGAAAUAUGUACACUAUGUAUAUAGAUUAUUUUUAUGAAUAAGUCGAAAUUAGAGAAGGUUCAUUUUGAUAUUUUAUGCAACAUUGAUAGUCGUACGUUGCAAGGUUUGUAUAAGUAACAAGAAUUAAGAAAUCUCAUUUGUAUAUACAAUUAAUCUCUCAUUCAUCAAAAUACUCUUUCACAAUCAUUAUAAUCGUGUCAAUGUUGCAUGUAUAUAAUAAAAGUACAAAAUUAUUUAAGAGGUGAUCUCGUGUUUUAAAUAACAGUAGAAAGUGAUUUAUGUUAAUUUCAUUUUUCUAGAUUAAGUAACACACACUUUUGGGUUAAUACUUGAAACAAAGUUUAGAAACAUUUAUUAUGAUACGACGAUAGAAUGUGUAAAUUGGAUUUUUACAUUAUUUUGUGCGUUUUACAAUCCAUUGUUGUUGCUUUAAUUCUAUUUAGGCGACUUCUGCUGAACUUAUUAUACAUAUAUAUUUGUUAGCUGUAAGAUUGAAACCAGUGAAUACUUUUCUCUAAUUUUACAAGUCUUGCCGCAGCCGUUUCCCAGUAUAAUUGUUAAUUUUUUAUAUGCUACUUAGUUUAGUGAGUGAAUUGAAUAGCACUAUUUUAUUUAGUUGAAACUGAAAUAAUUUAAUAAGUUGAAUUAAAUUUUUUCAAUUUCUUUUAUGUUUAUAGAAUGGUGCCGUUCGUAUGCGAAUAUUAUUUGUAUUAGUACGUAAUCGUUAAUUUUAUACACAGUUUAUUAUUUAUGCUAAUACUUGAAAAGGUGGAAUUGUGAAUUCCUGCUUUAAUACACCCCGUGAAUGUGGUGUCUAAAAUGUGAAGAAAGAUAUAGCGAUAAUUAGAAUAGUGACGUGACGGAGAGUGGGUUAGAGGAAAGGAUAGCAAGACAAACAGACAGUUUAUACAUCACUAUAACGCGGAAGUCGCUAUGUAAAUAUUGUAUUUGUAAAUAGAUAUAUUUAUAUAUCAGUUUGUAAAUUUCGUACUAUCAAACCAGUGUAAGUUAUGUUAAUACUUUGAUUUAUUUAUUGAAUUUCGCAGAAUUGUUUGCAACUAUGUCGCAAUUCAUACUUGCAAAUUGGGCUGUUCGAAUGUAUACAAAAGUUCGGGAAUUAUUUAUUUUAUUAUUAAAAAUGUACAAAAUUUCUAAAAAAAUUGUUGAAAAUGGAAAAAUAAAUUUCUUACAAUCAGUAUUAACUAUUAAUAGGACGUAAUAAAAUAAAUAAUUAUACAACUUUUUCAAAAUUGUCAAUGAAACGUCAACGACUUUUAUUAUUGAAAAUUACUAUUUUAAUAUAACUCGCUGUACAUAACAUUAAAUUGAUGUUGGUACGAAAAUCCGUACAAUUAUUAAAUAAAUUCUUGAAAAUUAAA